AUGAAUUGUUUCAUUUAACAACACUGUUUCCAAUGUUUAUUGGAGUAGAAAUCUGUUGUGACGCUAUGCGGCCAAUUGAUGUCCAGUACGUUGAUUAAAAAAAUAAAACCAAACACCCCAUAAGCUAUUCGUUCGAUAAUAACACAACUGCGUGGUGAGAAAUGGCACUUAGUACCUAUUAUCGGUUGUUACAUAUGUACAAGUUUACCUUUGGUAACAGCGCAAAUAUAUUGUCCCGCAUUGGACUGGGGCAUAAUGGCAUAACCGUGUUAGCAUGUUCUAAACAUGCUGUGCGUUUCAAGCAGGAUGGACUAUGAUCUGUAAAGCAAAACAGCAGUGUACUAAAUGCAUCAUCAGAGGCUGACAGAAAGGAAAAGCAGAGGCAGCACAUGGCUAAAGGUUUGCCCAAACAGAAACCUGUAGCUGGAGUCAAGCAAGUCGUCGUGGUCGCUUCAGGGAAGGGCGGAGUGGGGAAGUCAACCACUGCAGUUAACUUGGCUCUGGGAAUUUCUGCGAACGAUCAGACGAAAUCGGUGGGACUCCUGGAUGCUGAUGUCUUUGGGCCUUCUAUUCCCAAACUGAUGAACUUGAAAGGGAACCCUGAGUUGACAGAGAAAAACUUAAUGAGGCCGCUGGUGAAUUAUGGGAUACCCUGCAUGUCAAUGGGCUUCCUGGUGGAGGAGACGGCACCUAUCGUUUGGCGAGGCCUAAUGGUGAUGUCUGCCAUAGAAAAGCUUCUGAGGCAGGUGGACUGGGGUCACUUGGACUACCUGGUUGUGGAUAUGCCACCCGGUACAGGAGAUGUCCAGCUGACCAUCACACAGAACAUCCCUGUGGCAGGCGCGGUGAUCGUGUCGACUCCUCAGGAUAUCGCGCUGCUGGACGCACGGAGAGGGGCGGAGAUGUUCCGGAAGGUCAACGUGCCGGUCCUGGGAAUGGUCCAAAACAUGAGCGUGUUCCAGUGCCCAAACUGCCAGCACCAGACCCAUAUUUUUGGGACGGAUGGGGCGAGGGAAUUGGCCCACACCCUGGGAGUGGACGUCCUGGGGGAUGUCCCACUGCACCUGAACAUUAGGGAGAUGUCCGACAGGGGCCAGCCUGUGGUGGUGUCAUCCCCAGAUAGUCCAGAGGCUGAAGCCUACAGGAAAGUCGCCUCUGCGGUCGUCCAGCGCCUGGCCGCCCUCUCGGACUGACAGAGGGUCUCAUUGGGAGAGCCGGCGGGGCAGGAGACCUUAACAUCUGUUGUGCUCAAAACCGCUGGGUGCCACACCGCCCGUCACCCGCAAGCACAGCAUCACCGAAGUCCACUACUACAAGUUCACCAGUUAAACUGCCGUACGAGGGUGCAAUUACCCCUCUCUACCAUAAUUCAUCCAAUGAAUGCACUGAAAGAAUCAAGGACUUCCGACACCUCCAACUGGCACAGUUUACUACAUGGAAUCACAGUAUCGACAUUAUUACAUUGUCGCUGUCAGAUUGUCUUGCACUUAAAAUAAUGGCCUGCUUCAGAAUAUUUCUCAUAUAUCUUGUUGGUACAAGAUGCUGUGAAUGGCAUUGGCUGUGUGCAGUACAGCUCCCUGGGUGCAUCUCGGGCCGUUUGCUGCAGAAUUGCGUGUCGGGUUUCGACAGCGCGCUUCCUGCUCUUGCUGAUGGACCGGGCGAGGAGUCCGCGGAUUGUACCGUGCCUUGUGUGCGAUUGUCAGCGGUUCGCUGGCCGUGCCAUUAUUUGAGGAGCUGAAACCGAACCCUCGGUCUGAGAAGCACGGGGCCACGGGUUUGACAAGAAUGCUGGACAAGAAUGUUCCGGCUUUGUGAGCCUGCUUCGGACCUGGCUGGCUGGUCUUUUACCCGCUUGCCCCAGAGAACCGACCUGCCAUGAUCCUGAUCCCCACACUGUGGAAGAACCAGGAGCCCCACUGUCGUUCGCUUGCGUUACAGGACACUAAAAAGAACGGAGAAUGACUGUGGAAAGUAAGAAGAAUAAAGUGGUGUCUUUUGAAGAUAA